GUGUGUUCUCUCCACCGUCCCAUUGUUUUUGUUGUGAUGAGGAGCAGGAUGGUGUGAGGGCAGAUUGAGCAGUGGACUGUCGCUGUCCAGGAUCCUUCGGUUGGCACGGAAUGGUAUUUAUGAGCCGACAUUUCUUGUAUUACUGCAGUGAGCCUAUCCUGGAUGUGAAGAUUGCGUUUUGUCAGGGAUUUGGUAAACAAGUGGAUGUUUCAUAUAUUGCCAAGCGCUACAACAUGAGUAAAAGCAAAGUGGAUAACCAGUUCUACAGUGUGGAAGUAGGAGAUUCAACCUUCACAGUUCUCAAACGCUACCAGAAUCUAAAGCCCAUUGGCUCUGGUGCUCAGGGAAUUGUAUGUGCUUCAUACGAUGCUGUUCUUGAUAGAAAUGUGGCCAUUAAGAAACUCAGCAGACCAUUUCAGAACCAGACACAUGCCAAACGGGCUUACCGAGAGCUUGUGCUCAUGAAAUGUGUCAACCACAAAAAUAUCAUCAGUUUAUUAAAUGUAUUUACGCCUCAGAAAUCAUUAGAAGAGUUCCAGGAUGUAUACUUGGUUAUGGAACUGAUGGAUGCCAAUUUAUGUCAAGUCAUUCAAAUGGAACUGGAUCACGAGCGGAUGUCUUACCUGCUGUACCAGAUGUUGUGUGGCAUUAAGCACCUCCACUCAGCUGGCAUUAUUCACAGGGAUCUAAAACCAAGCAACAUAGUGGUGAAAUCAGACUGUACAUUGAAAAUCCUUGAUUUUGGACUGGCAAGGACUGCGGGGACCAGUUUCAUGAUGACUCCCUAUGUGGUAACCCGGUAUUAUAGAGCACCAGAGGUCAUUCUGGGAAUGGGAUACAAAGAAAAUGUGGAUAUUUGGUCCGUUGGGUGCAUAAUGGGAGAAAUGGUUCGCCACAAAAUCCUCUUCCCAGGAAGGGACUAUAUUGAUCAAUGGAAUAAGGUCAUUGAACAGCUAGGGACUCCAUUGCCAGAGUUCAUGAAGAAGCUGCAGCCCACUGUCCGCAACUAUGUGGAGAAUAGACCCAAGUACACAGGACACACUUUCCCCAAACUCUUCCCCGACUGCCUCUUCCCAGCAGACUCAGAACACAACAAACUAAAAGUGAAAACUGGAAGCAAGAAGCAUAAAGCCAGCCAAGCCAGAGAUCUCCUGUCUAAGAUGUUGGUAAUUGACCCAACCAAGCGGAUAUCUGUGGAUGAAGCCUUACAGCACCCAUACAUUAACGUCUGGUAUGACCCUGCUGAGGUUGAGGCGCCUCCUCCUCAGAUCUACGAUAAACAGCUUGAUGAGAGAGAGCACAGCAUAGAUGAAUGGAAAGAAUUGAUCUACAAGGAGGUGAUGGAUUUCGAGGAGAAAACUAAAAAUGGUGUUGUGAAGGGACAGCCGUCCCCCUCAGCGCAGGUGCAGCAGUGAAUAGCAGUGAAAGCCUUCCUCCGUCUUCAUCAGUAAAUGACAUUUCAUCUAUGUCAACCGAUCAGACCCUGGCCUCGGACACUGACAGCAGCCUGGAAACUUCAGCGGGACCCCUCGGUUGUUGCAGGUGACUAGCCGCCUGCCUGCGAAACCCCCUCUUCUUUAGAACGUGAUGCACAUACUAAUUACUCAGCUCGCCUGUUUGGAAAAUGAACUUCUCUUUAAAAAAGGAACAUGGAUAUACUUGAUGCUUAAAUAUUAUGUCAAAAUGCUUUGCUUACGUCUCAUUCCAGAUGAGGCUGAAGUUCAUUAAGAGUACUAGGCAGCACCAUUUCACAGUAUGUAAAUAUGUGGUUAUAAAUUUGCGCCCUGCUCCCUUGCUUUGAUAAGGCAAGAUGAGCAGAAAAGAUACAGCAUUAUAGUUAAAACUAAAUGCACUUUUGUCUCUUUAAAGAUGCAAUAUGUGUACAUUCUUUUGCCCUUCAUGUACUUGCUGAGUAUAAACACAAUGUAUAAAUAUAUUCCUAUGAAUGGCCAUUUGUACAUUACUCCAAAAAGAUCUUCAAUC